AUGGCACAAUUGCUUAAGGCUGAAAAGAAGAUAAGAAAUAAAGAAAAUCGAGAAAGCACCAGACCACACACAGUAAUGGAGUUUGAAAAGGCUCUUUUAACUUCUCCUAGAUCUUCGUUUUUAUGAAUCCAUUAUGCAGCAAUGCUAAUAGAAACCCAAGGCCCUGAUUCUGGUCGAGAGCUUCUUAAAAGAGCCAUUUCCAAGCUAGACCCAACUGAAGAAAGAGAAAAGCUUAAUCUUCAUCUUGCCUUGAUAAAUCUAGAGUCACAUUAUGGUGACUCAGACUCAUUUGACGACUCCAUAGAGCAAGCAUUAUUAACUAAUAACCCAGAAUUAAUUUACAGACACAAAGCAAAAAAGCAGAUCGAUAAAGGAAAUUUCGAAGAAGCUGAAGAAACUUUGAAUUAUAUUUGUAAAAAAUUCAACAAAAGUAUCGAAAAUUGGGCACUUUUGUGCAAGUUUUUUUUAAAAGACAAAAAAGAUGAAGACGGGUUCAAAGAAGCUAUGAGGCGAGGCUUACAAUCAACAGAUAACUCUAUUGAGCUUAAAAAGAGGAUUGCAGUGAUGGAAUACGAAUAUGGGUCACAAGAAAGAGGAAGGACCAUUUUCGAAACACUUAUUGCAGACAAGCCAAAUAGAGCUGACCUCUGAAGAGUUUAUAUAGGCAUGGAAAUAAAAUACAACACACACGAACAAGUAAACGAAUUAUUUGAAAAAGUUUUAACAGUCAAAUUGAGCAGAUCCAAUCUCGAAAAUUUUGAAAAAAUGCAUCAAGAUUACCAAAGUAAGAUUAAAAAUAAAAAUUAA